AUGAGUGACGAUAAAUCUAUCGCUUUAGAUUUAAUAACUCUAAAGAAAUCUACGUACUUGAAUAAACUGAAAGAAGCGGUGCCGAAAGUGAAGGGCAGCAUACCAAAUUUUGGCCUCCCAAAAUGGAAACAUUUACCCCUGGAAUCUAAGAUUCCGAUGAUCCCGGGUCUGCAGGAGAAUAUGUACACGUUUACACGCAGUAAACUCGGUGAGUCGCUCCGAAUUCGAUUCAAUGGGUUCCAGCCCUUCGAUAUGAGCGAUCCGUACAAUAAUGAGAUACAAUUACCCUAUGAGGGUAUGCAUGAUGCCCAUCUCGCUCAUUAUUUUCGCACCUCGCCCCAUGUUCAAGAUGCAUUGAUCAAGAUGGGAUUGAUAACACCACAGUUGGACGUCAAAUGUAGUUUAAAGGAAUAUAACAAUUAUAGGAAUUAUUUAAGAGUUAUGCACGGAAAGUUAAUUAGGAAUGUGUUGGAAAAAAGGGAUAAGAUUUUGAGGGAAAAAAAGUUACUAAAUUAUGCUGAGAAUCAAACUUUGAAGAAAAUUGAAAGAUUAAAAAAAGAUGAAAUACGCGAAAACUUAUUAAAGGAACUAAAACUCAAAGAAACAAAUAAAUUAAAAGAGAUAUUGCGAAAGGAUAAAGAAAAUGAUCAAAGAGUAGAAACUAUUAAUGAAAUGAGAUAUCAAAUUAGUCAAAGGAAAAAAAUGGAAUCAAAGAAAAAAAGAGAUUAUAUUAUAAAUCAACGCGCUAUAAUGGCAAAAAAAGAAGAACAAAAAAUAUUGAAUACCCUUAAUAAAUGGCACGAACGUGAUUGUUUACUACGAAAAACUAAGGAACAAAAUUUAUUGAAAAUACAUAAUAAUAAAAAAGCUUUACAAGAAGAACAAAUAGAAAAAGAAUUAUUGGUAAAAGAAUAUGCUGAAAAGAUAAAAAAAUCAUUCUUAAACAAGUAUCAAAGAAAAUUGGAGGAAAAUAAAAAAAAAUCAUUAUUGUUAUUGAAGAAAGACGAUCCUUAUACUUUGUAA